GGCCCCCUCGCCCUGCAGAAAUGCCGAAAGUCAAGUCCAAGGCAGCGGACCGGCGCCGCGAGCGGCAGGAACAGCGCCGGGAGCUGAAGAGCGCCGGAGGACUUAUGUUCAACACGGGAAUUGGGCAGCACAUUUUGAAAAAUCCUCUUAUUGUUAACAGCAUUAUUGAGAAGGCUGCCUUGAGACCAACUGAUGUCGUCUUGGAGGUUGGACCUGGAACAGGCAACAUGACUGUAAAGUUGCUUGAAAAGGCAAAAAAGGUAGUUGCUUGUGAACUUGAUCCAAGGCUAGUAGCUGAACUCCACAAAAGAGUUCAGGGCACACCUCUAGCCAGCAAACUUCAAGUAAUGGUGGGUGAUGUGUUGAAAAGUGAUUUACCGUUCUUUGAUGCUUGUGUCGCCAAUCUGCCUUACCAGAUUUCUUCUCCUUUUGUCUUCAAGCUCUUGUUGCACCGACCUUUCUUUAGAUGUGCUAUCCUCAUGUUUCAAAGAGAAUUUGCUCUCCGACUGGUUGCAAAACCUGGGGACAAGUUAUACUGCAGACUCUCAAUUAAUACACAGCUUUUAGCACGUGUAGACCAUCUAAUGAAAGUUGGGAAGAAUAACUUCAGACCACCACCCAAGGUAGAAUCCAGUGUUGUAAGGAUUGAACCUAAGAACCCGCCACCACCAAUCAACUUUAAGGAAUGGGAUGGCCUCGUAAGAAUCACCUUUGUUAGGAAAAACAAGACACUGUCUGCUGCAUUUAAGUCAAGUGCUGUGCAACAACUGCUUGAAAAAAACUACAGAAUUCACUGUUCAAUCCAUAACAUUGUAAUACCAGAAGAUUUCAGCAUAGCAGAUAAAAUACAGCAAAUCCUAACCAACACAGGCUUUAGUGAUAAACGGGCCCGUUCCAUGGACAUAGAUGACUUCAUUAGAUUGCUACAUGGAUUCAAUGCAGAAGGGAUCCAUUUUUCUUAG